AUGCUGCGGAUCCUGUGCCUGGCGCUCUGUGGCCUGCUGACUGGCGCCGGAGCCGACCCUGGCGCGCGGCUGCGGCUGGGCAUGGACAUCUUGAACCACGAGGUGCAGAGCGCCAUGGACGAGAGUCACAUCCUGGAGAAGAUGGCAGCAGAAGCAGGCAAGAAACGGCCGGGGAUGAAGCCCAUCAAGGGUAUCACCAAUAUGAAGGUCAAGGACGUCCAGCUGCCAGUCAUCACACUGAACUUCGUACCUGAAGUGGGCAUCUUCCAGUGCGUGUCCACGGGCAUGACCAUCACUGGCAAGAGCUUCAUGGGAGGGAACAUGGAGAUCAUCGUGGUCCUGAACAUCACAGCCACCAACCGGCUUCUGCGGGAGGAGGCGACGGGCCUGCCCGUGUUCAGGAGCGAGGGUUGUGAGGUCAUUCUGGUCAGCGUGAAGACCAACCUGCCCAGCAACAUGCUGCCCAAGAUGGUCAACAAGUUCCUGGACAGCACCCUGCACAAGGUCCUCCCUGGCCUGCUGUGUCCAGCCAUCGACGCCGUCCUGGUGUACGUGAACAGGAAGUGGGCCAACCUGAACGACCCCAUGCCUGUGGGCCAGAUGGGCACCGUCAAAUAUGUCCUGAUGUCCACACCGGCCACCACAGCCAGCCACAUCCAGGUGGACUUCAGCCCCGAGGUGCAGCAGCCGAAGGGCAAAGCCAUCAAGCUGGCAGAGGAUGGGGGGCCCCUGGAGAUCCCGGGAGGCUAUGCUGAGGGCUCCUCGCAGCUGCUGCUCUCAGCCGCCCUCCUCACCGCCGAGCUGGCCCUUCUGCAGAAGUCCUUCGACGUGGACGUCCAGGCCAAGAUGAUUGGCGAGCUGCCCCCGCAAACCACAGAGACACUGGCUGGCUUCAUCCCCGAAGUGGCCGAGGCCUACCCCAAGCCCAAGCCCUUAGUGACCCAGAUCAGGAUGAGCAAGCCCCCCAAGGUCACCAUGAAGACAGGCAAGAGUCUGCUGCACUUCCACGGCACCCUGGAGAUGUUCGCUGCCCGGCGGCGGGGCAAGCACCCUGUGUCUCUCUUCCUUCUGGAGACCCACUUCAACCUGGAAAUCCAGUACUCGGUGCAGGAGAACCGGCUGCAGAUGACCACCUCUCUGGACAGAUUGCUGAGCCUGUCCAGGGGGUCCUCAUCGAUUGGUGCCUUCAACGAGAAGGAGCUGACCACCUUCAUCACCGAUUAUCUCCAGGAAGCCUACGUCCCGGUGGUCAACGGCGUGCUCCAGGGCGGGUUCCCACUCCCGGACGUUCUGGCCAUCAACUACGACCUGGCGGAGCUGCACCUAGUGGAGGGUGCUCUGUUGCUGGAUCUGAAGUUGGACUGA